AUGAUUAGAAUAAAUCUACCAACUCACAAACACCCUUUAUACCCUACACCUUGGAUUCACAGUUGCAGUGGUUGCUAUCGAGAAAGUGGUUGCACCAAAGAUGGCUAUCGUUGCUACGAAUGUAAUAUUUUUUUUCACAAAGAAUGUGCAGAGUCAUCUUUAGAGAUCAACCACCCAUCUCAUCCUGAACACCCUCUCCACCUUUACAUCGUGGAGGAAUACUCUGAGAGUAAAAACUGUAAGUUGUGUGGGGAAACAUUGUCAAAUAUAUUUUAUCACUGUCCUUUAUGUAAAUUCGUUGUUGAUAUGGCAUGUAUGAAAAAUCCACCACCAGAUGUUAUUGAACAUCCCAAAGCCCAUGAACACCCUCUUGUCCACCUGAAACACCAUUAUCAUGGCACAUGUGAUUUUUGUGAAGAGAUAUAUUGUAGUAGAUAUCUUUUCAAAUGUUACCAGUGUCAACUGAAAUUCCACUUUGAAUGUUCUAACCUUUCUCUAGAGAUAAUUCAUCCUUUUCACCCUAAACACCCUCUUAAGUAUCUUACACGUGAAGAACAUCAUUUCCUUGAUGGGAAAUGUCGUAUAUGUGGAGACGAAUUAGGGCGAAGAUUUUAUCAUUGUCCAAUCUGUAAAUUUAGUGUGAAUGUUGCUUGUGUAAAAAAUCCACCACCGCUUACAAUCUUAUUUGCCAAGGCUCAUGACCAUCAAAUCAGUCUUAUACCAAGGAUCAUCUCUUUCAACUGUGAUUGUUGUGGGAUGAAUGGUGACCGGAGUCCUUAUUCAUGCCAACAAUGUGACUUCAUGAUCCAUCAAAAUUGUAUUGACUUACCAGAGAUCGUCAACAUUAAUCGUCACGACCAUAGUCUUUCUAGGCGUCGACAUCUUAAUCCUGGGAGUUGGGUAUGCGGAAUAUGCCACAAAAAGGUUGAUUGGUCGUAUGGGGCAUAUUCUUGCUCGAUUUGUCCUAAUUAUGCCAUUCAUUCUAAAUGUGCAAUACGAGAUGAUGUAUGGGACAAGUUAGAACUCAAAGGGAUGCCAGAAGAACUUCAAGAAAUCAAACCAUUUACGGUGAUAGAUGAAGACCUAAUACAUCAUUUUAGUCAUGAGGAACAUUAUCUACAGCUCAAGGAGGAAAAGAUCACAUGCGGUGGAAACAUUCGUUGUGAAGCUUGUGUUUUACCUAUAAAUUAUCAAGCAUUCUACAGUUGUGUGCAAUGCGAUUUUAUUCUCCACAAAACAUGUGCUAAUCUUCCUAGGAAGAAACGACAUUUGUAUUAUAACAAGCCAUUAACUUUAAAACGAGGACUGGUUUGCAUGUUCGGCAUGUUCUAAAUAUUCCAGUGGCUUCAGGUAUAUUACUGAAAGUUUUAAGAUAGAUGUAACAUGUGGUGCACUUUCUGAAACUAUCUUCCACGAAAGUCAUGGAUGUCCCUUGCACUACAUUCACGGAAGUGAGAAGCACGGAAAUGAGAAGACAUGUGUUGCUUGCGGAAAUUGGAGUUAUUCAAGAUUUCACUGCGAUGACUGUAAAUUUGUGCUAGAUCUCAAAUGUGUUGUUUUGCCGAAAACAACGAAACAUUGGUACGACGACCAUCCACUCUCUUUAUGUUACAGAGCCAAUACAAAAGGAGAGUACUGGUGUGAUAUAUGCGAGGAAAGUGUAGAAAAAUAUUGGUUCUACAAAUGCGACGAUUGUUGUGCUGCUUUUCACACCAAGUGUAUUCUCAGCGAUUUCUCACUUCUCAUGCCUGGACGAUGCAUAAUCACUUACUAUGAUGGACUGAAAAUUGAAGUGAUGCAAACCAGUCCUCGUUUCUUACCACGCUGCUGUAUUUGUCACUCUCGACGUGCAUUUCCCUUUGUUUCAAAAGCUUUCUUUCGAGUAAAAAAUAUAUUCGUUUGUUCUGUAGAUUGUUUGGUGUCCGCCUACUUUGUAUACAAAAACAUGUAUUAAUGCAAACUUGUAAUAAGAAGAAAAGACAUGGCCAAGAAAAACCCAAACGAAAUGAACUUCAUUUAUUUACUUUUAAUUUUUUUACAGAUGAUAUAAACACUUUUAUCCAUAUGUUUUAAAUACAAUUUUUAUAAUAAACGUCGAAAAUAUAUAAUAUAUUUUGAUAUAUUUGUACACCACCUACAACUGUCUAGGCUGUUUGCUACAUUAAACGUUUUUCUAUAAACUUUAGAUUUUAUUACGGUCUAUUUGUGAUUCUCAUUCUUUUCACAAUUUUUCUUUCGUGAUGAGAAUGUGGUUCUUUGCCUUUUUAUCUAAAUCAAUGCGAGGACGAAGAUGCAUCAAUGCAUCUAGUUCUUGCCUGAGGUUAACCAUUCUUUGCACAAGGUCAAGAUCAAAAGCGAGUACGAAGAUACAUCAAUGCAUCUAGUUCUUGCCUGAGGUUAACCAUUGCAUCUCUCGGCAGUGUCAUUACCACUCUAACCCCACCUUCCGUUGAUGGACCCACUUUGGAUGGUCCUAAUAUCAUCCCCAUGUUCUUGUCGCUUUCUUGAAACAUAAGACCCCUUAUGUUCACAGGCUCUCUCCAACCAAAAUCCAUCGAUCCAAACACCGCGAGGUUUCUCAUAUCGGUCAUGAAUAAUAAUCUAUCGAUUACCUCGUCGAAUUUCACAUCCUCCUUAAUCAUCCUCUCUAUGUUUCUUAGCACCUCCUCGACAUAGCUCUUGUCAUAAGCUUUUUUCUUAGCUUUCUUCACCAGUUUGGCAAUGUCAGAGAUUGAUGAUUCAUGGAGCUCCCUCGUGGUUAACUCGAUGUACACGUCUAUAACUGAGUUUCUGUCGUAGCCCUCUGGAAGUGGCGGAUCAAGAACAUGUCGGAUUCCCACAACUAUACAAAGGACAGUGAUCUUGUCAAGGUCUAGGUUUAGGGCUCGAGAUCUUGAUUUCCAUAUGCAAGCACUUAGAAUUUCAUAAGUAGUGAAACUCUCCUUUGGUAUUCCGCCUUCCUUGACUAGAGCAUCUUUAAGCAUUUUUAUAUUCCCAUCUUUAAUGCUUAUUAUCUCUGUAACCUGUGGAUCAUAUACGCACACAGUUGAUUUUUUUUUCUUAUACUUACCCCCAUGGAUCAGAGCAAAAUGUUUAUUUUUGGUUCAAAUGGAUAGUUGCAAAUAAAUAUCAAGUUUUAACAAAACAAAAAACACUUUCUAAAAUAUGAUUAUUUUAACAUAAAUCGAUCACUUUUAAUUAAAUAGAAGACUCUAAUUACAAAAUAUAAACUCGUAAGCAAUACUGUACUAGUAACUUUUAUUAAUAAAAUUAAUUUGUUAGGGAAAUUCUCAAAAUUACCAGUUUUCUCAAAAGUUUACCACACCAACAUAAAUUUAUACUUUACGAAAGUUUAUUCCAAUCAUAAAUUCGUAAAUGGUGCUCUCCUUUUUGUUUUAUGAUUUUCUGUUUAUUAUUAAAAUUUAUGUAAUUUUAUUUUGUAUUAUUGUUCAAUUAAUAUAUGUGAAUAGAACGAUUAAUGAUGCCAAAGUUUUAAUUGAACUGAAAAUAAAAUAAACUCACACACUUCUUGGAGCCAUCUCUUUUUCAAAAAAAUUUAUUACUAUUU